AUGGACAGCAACAGGUCCCACAUUGGCUCCAUCCUCCACGUGGAGCUCGGCCAGUUCAGUGACUAUAUGUACGAGAACGACACGAACUCCACCGGCGGUGAGCGACCCUCUCUGGGCUGCGUGCAGAUCCGGAUCCCGCAGGAGCUCUUCCUGGCGCUGGGGCUCAUCAGCCUGGUGGAGAACAUCCUGGUGAUUCUGGCCAUCAUCAAGAACCGCAACCUGCACUCGCCCAUGUACUACUUCAUCUGCUGCCUCGCCGUGUCCGACAUGCUCGUCAGCGUCAGCAACGUGGUGGAGACCUUCUUCAUGCUUCUCCACGACCACGGCCUGCUGGACGUGCACCCAGGUAUGCUACGCCACCUGGACAACGUCAUCGACGUGAUGAUCUGCAGCUCCGUGGUGUCCUCGCUCUCCUUCCUGUGCACCAUUGCCGCGGACCGCUACAUCACCAUCUUUUACGCGCUGCGCUACCACAGCAUCAUGACCACGCAGCGCGCCAUCAUCAUCAUCGUGGUGGUGUGGCUGGCCAGCCUCGCCGCCAGCAUCCUCUUCAUCGUGUACCACACCGACAACGCGGUCAUCGUGUGCCUCGUGACCUUCUUCUGCGCCACGCUGGUGUUCAACGCCGUGCUGUACCUGCACAUGUUCAUCCUGGCGCACUGGCACUCGCGGCGCAUCGUGGCUUUCCAUAAAAGCAGUCGCCAGACCACGAGCAUGAAGGGGGCGAUCACCCUCACCAUCCUGCUCGGGGUCUUCAUUAUAUGCUGGGGCCCAUUCUUCCUCCACCUCAUCCUCAUCCUCACCUGCCCCACCAGCCCCUUCUGCAACUGUUUCUUCCGAAACUUUAACCUUUUCCUGAUCCUCAUCAUCUGCAACUCGCUCAUCGACCCGCUCAUCUACGCGUACCGGAGUCAGGAGCUGCGCAAAACCCUCCAGGAGCUGGUCCUGUGUUCUUGGUGCUUCGGCGCCUGA